GCGGGAGUGCUCACGGGACAGCAAAGCGGUCGGAUCCCGGAGUCGCGAAGAUGGAGGUCCGACCAGACAGAUUUAAGGCGGCCGCGGCAAGGACUUUGGGAAAAAUACACAGGGUGUUGGAGAAGCGUCAGGAAAAUGGCGAGACGAUCGAGCUGUCGGCAGAAGGGCGGCCUGAGCUUGUUGCGGAGAAGGAGCUCCCAGUGGUGGACUGCACCUGCUUUGGCCUGCCACGGCGCUACAUCAUAGCCAUCCUCUCUGGCAUUGGCUUCUGCAUCUCCUUUGGCAUUCGCUGCAACCUCGGAGUGGCCAUUGUCAGUAUGGUCAACAACCACACCAUCAUCAAAGGGGACAAGCAUGUGCUGGUGAAUGCACAAUUCACAUGGGAUCCCGAGACAGUGGGGAUGAUACACGGCUCCUUCUUCUGGGGAUAUAUUGUUACCCAAAUUCCUGGCGGGUUCAUCUGUCAGAAAUUUGCAGCCAACAGAGUGUUUGGGUUCGCUAUAGUGGCCACCUCUAUCCUCAACAUGUUGAUCCCAUCAGCAGCACGAGUUCACUUUGGCUGCGUCAUCCUAGUCAGGAUAUGUCAGGGACUUGUGGAGGGUGUAUCAUACCCAGCCUGUCAUGGAAUCUGGGCCAAAUGGGCCCCCCCUCUUGAAAGAAGUCGAUUGGCUACGACAGCAUUUUGUGGUUCCUAUGCAGGAGCUGUAAUAGCCAUGCCAUUAGCAGGAAUGCUGGUCCAGUACACCGGCUGGUCUUCGGUAUUCUAUGUCUACGGCAGUUUUGGGAUUUGCUGGUACCUCUUCUGGAUCCUGGUGUCAUAUGAGAGUCCAGCAGCCCAUCCUACUAUCUCAGAAGAGGAAAGAAAAUAUAUAGAGGAGAGCAUUGGGGAGUCAGCGGGCCUGGUGAACCCCCUCCAGAAAUUCAACACCCCUUGGAAAAAGUUCUUCACCUCCAUGCCAGUUUAUGCCAUUAUUGUGGCUAAUUUCUGCCGUAGCUGGACCUUCUACCUCCUACUAAUUAGUCAACCGGCAUACUUUGAAGAGGUGUUUGGUUUUGAGAUCAGCAAGGUGGGACUGUUGUCUGCCCUACCCCACCUGGUAAUGACAAUCAUUGUGCCCAUUGGGGGCCAACUGGCUGACUACCUGAGGGCGCAUCAAAUCAUGACCACCACCAAUGUCAGGAAACUCAUGAAUUGUGGAGGGUUUGGAAUGGAAGCCACCCUUCUGUUGGUUGUUGGUUUUUCUCACACGAGGGGUGUAGCUAUAACCUUCUUGGUCCUGGCUGUUGGCUUCAGUGGAUUUGCUAUCUCAGGGUUCAAUGUGAAUCACCUGGACAUUGCUCCUCGAUAUGCUAGUAUUCUCAUGGGCAUCUCCAACGGUGUUGGUACUCUAUCAGGCAUGGUUUGCCCACUCAUAGUUGGUGCCAUGACCAAACACAAGACAAGGGAGGAGUGGCAGUAUGUGUUUCUCAUAGCUUCUCUUGUGCAUUAUGGAGGGGUUAUCUUCUAUGGUAUUUUUGCUUCUGGAGAAAAGCAGGACUGGGCAGAGCCAGAGACCACCAGUGAUGAAAAGUGUGGUAUCCUGGAUGAGGAUGAACUAGCUCAUGAAACAGAAGAAUUAUAUCGCUCUGGAGGAGGGGGGCAGUAUGGAGCAAUGAGUCAGCCCAGCAUAGACCCUAAUGGAGGAGGGGGGCAGUAUGGAGCAAUGAGUCAGCCCAGCAUAGACCCUAAUGGAGGAGGGGGAGGAGAAGGAGGAGGGGGAGGAGGGUGGGCUACAGACUGGGAUAAAACUGAGGAGUAUGUGCAGCCACAAGCUUCCAAUAGUUAUCUCUAUGGGGGAGAGAAAGAGAGGGAGCUAACAUAG